AUGCUAGCCUUCUGCAGCAGGUCACGAGUGACAACACCUGCGGCUGCGGCCCUGCUAGUGCAGCGCCGCCACGUAGAGUACUGGGCCUCCUCCGUCACGGGUCGCACGCAGGCGUACGCGCAGGGAGACAUGCUUCCUCGCGUCGACAACACACGCCAUGCCAUCAACAAGUCAAGUAGUGCUGCUGCUAGCGUUACGGGCAACCACUUGGGCAUUGCAUAUGACAGUAGCAACAUCUUCUCCGUUGAGCAGUACAGCCGGCUGGAGAAGGAGCAUUACCAGCCGUUGCGCGGGGUGUCGCGCUACAAGGUGGAGCCGAUCCAGCCAAGCGACGGCGCGAAGACGCGGGAGUUGAUAGAAGAACUUGAGGCGGACGUGCAGGUGGGGCUCGACACGGCGUGGUGGGGCGCCGUGCUCAAGGACUUUCCGUCGCUCACGAAACCCUGCACCAGCGAGUUCAAGGCGGAGUUCACUGAGUUCUACAAGGAUGCAAUGACGGUGGCGCACGACGAGGCCGCCGUGACGGCUCUCGCAGUUCCAUUCGUACGCCAACAGAUGCAGGAUCACUUCAUCAGUUUCCCCAUGUUCUGGCGCAUCGCGGAAAAACUGGCAGACGCUCUGGCAAAGGCUCCAGGGGCGGGGCGCCACGAAAAACGAAUCUCUCGUAUCGUAGUGGAGCGCAUCACCAAGAUUGCAAUGAAUACGAUCGGGGAUGAGCCGUGGGCACACCAGGACAUGACGAACCCUUUGCUCUUCGACGUGUCCAAUUUUCGCGCGUGGCACGAGGCCGGAAACUGGUAG